CUCACUUUUAAUUUAUAAAAACACGCGACGCGAUUCCAAAACGUUGUGUUCACGUUUUUGUGUUGUUCCCAACUUGAAAGUGUUUUUUGCACCUCCGUGAAGCGAAAAACUCGCCGAGAGGUUGCAUUAUAUUCGUAUAUUAUUCAAGAAACGAUUUUUAUCUAUUCUUCAUAAUGGCCGAAGAAGUGAACGCUAAAGCCUACCCGCUGGCCGACCCGAUCCUGACCACCAAAAUACUGAAUUUGGUGCAACAAGCCAUGAACUACAAACAGCUUCGCAAGGGGGCCAACGAGGUUACCAAAACCCUGAACCGAGGCAUCUCCGAGUUCAUUGUGAUGGCUGCCGAUUCGGAACCCAUUGAAAUCCUUAUGCAUUUGCCAUUGCUGUGCGAAGACAAGAAUGUGCCUUAUGUGUUCGUGAGGUCCAAACAAGCUCUGGGGCGGGCCUGCGGCGUGUCUCGCUCUGUGAUUGCUUGCAGUGUGACCAUAAACGAGGGGUCUCAGUUGAAAGCUCAGAUUCAGAGCAUACAGCAGGAGAUUGAACGCUUAUUAGUUUAAAUUUUAAGAGUACAAAAUGUUUUUUUAAUUUUAUAGGAUUAAAAAUUGGGAUUGUGAAAUGUUUG